GUGUGUGUGUGUGUGUGUGUGUGUGUGUGUGUGUGUGUGUGUGUGUGUGUGAGAGUAAGAGAGUGUGAGAGAGGAGACAGACCGCUUCUCAAACUACUAACGGAUUUAUGAAAGGUGUUUUAUAUCGAUCAAACUUGGAUAAACUAAGGGAAUUUGACUAAAGGAGACAGCUAUGCGUUAAACUUUUGACCAGACUUCAUUUCUCCGGUUUGCGCGUGCACAGAGCAGCGCCGAUGUUCAGGGUGUACCUGGUUGCUGCAGUGAUUCAUUGCCUGCAAGGUUCCAGGCUGCAUACUGAUGAGGUUUCUCCCCGGAUAGUGCAUCACCCAUCUGAUGUGGUGGUGCGGUUAGGAAGUCCUGCCACACUUUCCUGCAGAGCGGAGGGAACCCCAGAGCCAUCCAUCCAGUGGCUCCGCAAUGGCAUCCCUCUGGAACCUGAGAAGAUGGACAGCCAGUCACGGCCCAUCGUCCUGCCUGAGGGUAGCCUUUUCUUUCUCAGUGUGGUGACUGGAAAGAAAAGCCAGUCUCAUGAAGCAGUGUAUUCCUGCCUAGCUCGAAACAGUGCAGGAACUGCAGUCAGCAGGAAUGCCUCUCUGCAUAUUGCAGCUCUGCGUGAAGGCUUUCGCAUACAGCCCAGUGAUGUGGAGGUGGCUGCAGGAGAGGUGGCUAUGAUGAACUGCAGCCCACCUGUGGGACAUCCUGAACCUAACAUCACCUGGAAGAAAGAUGGCAUCCUUAUCAACACCACAGAUGAACACUACACUGAGCUCAAUGGGAAGUUGAUAAUAGCUCCAGCCCGGAAGCAGGACUCUGGGGUUUACAUCUGUGUGGCCUCAAACAUUGUUGGAGUCAGAGAAAGCAGAGCAGCCAGGUUAACAGUUCUGGAGAAGCCUGUGUUACUCCGUGAACCCCAGAAUGUUUCUGUGAGCUUGGGAGAGUCUGCACAUUUCUUCUGUGAGGCUAGUGACCCAGUGCCAAUGGUGGAAUGGAGUAGAGAACAGGGACCCUUACCCAAUGGCAGGUAUUUGGUUAAUCCAGACCAGAGUCUUCAGAUCCACUAUGUGACGUUGCAGGAUGCUGGAAGGUACACCUGUACUGCAGUCAAUGAUGUAGGCGAGUCUAAAGCCAGCGCUCAGCUCUUUGUGGAAGACAGCAGCAGCCAGAAGGACCUGCAUAAAGAACUAUCUGCUCUGCGCAUCAGUUUGGAGAAUGUCACUGUUCUGAGAACUGCAUCUAACAUCUCACAAGUGACAUGGAAGCUUCAGUCAUCAACUCAACAAUUACACUACUUGGAUGGCUUUGAGGUACUGUACCGCUCUCUCCUGCCUGCCAGUUCUGAUUGGAUGGCACAGAAAGUGGCCCACCCUGCACUUCAGACCCACAUCGGUCCCCUGAAGAGGGGCUACAAAUAUGAGUUUAAAGUCCGGCCUUAUGGGAGCAAACUUUAUGGCAGAGAAAGUAACACAAGACAUUUGAGAGUCCCAGAAACUGUUCCCAGUGCUUCUCCUCAGGAUGUGUCUAUAACAAUGCCUGCAGAACACAAUGACACGGCCCAGCUGAGCUGGGAGCCCCCGCCUUAUGAGGCUCACAAUGGGAUCAUUCAGGGGUACCAGGUCUGGUGUGUGCAGGAAAAAGAACAGCAAUAUCUGAACUGGACAGUGGACAGUGGCACACACACACUGGAGAUCAGGCCACUGCAGGCUGGCAGGGUGUACUGGCUCCGGGUUGCAGCAGUAAACGGUGCCGGAGUCGGAGCUCAGACAAAUCCAUACAAACUGCUCAUAGAGUUAAAGCAGAAAUCAGUUCCAGGUCACGAAAGUUCCUUGAGCAUGUCUGAUGUUUUGGUGUUAAUGAGGGAGCCAGUGUUUAUCGGAAGUGUGUGCGCCCUCUUGUGGUGCAUAAUGAUGGUGACAGCUGCUUGUCUGUAUCGGAAGCAUGUCCGACCCGCCAGUCUGAGAGACAGACAUCACAAAACAGGUUUAUAUAGACUUGCUAGUGAAGAUCUCAUCAUCAAGCACAGGAUGGCAGCACCUGAUUCUCCAUGGAUGUCAGGACCUUGGAAACCUGACUUGAGUGGUGAACAGUUCCAAAGCCUGUGGACACAAAACCAAGAACAACCAGAUUUCAGGAGGACCAUUCUGCCCAUAACAGAAAAAAAAGAAUCAUCUGUACCUAUAGUGCCAGACAACUGUGGCGUCUAUGGCACCUUCUAUGUGGAUCUGACUGGUAACCCCAUGAAAACCUUUAACAGUCCAGGACAAUGCCCCAAAAUGCCUCACCUCAACACGCAGCAGCACAACUCAGAGACGAUACGCAUCACUCAACCUGCUACCAAGUCACCUGUCACAAAUGAGUGCCAAGUGCUGCCAUGGAAACGGGCUCUUCCUGCUCAGCCCAAUAUGGGUGUUCGAAAGGAAUCCUGGGAGAAAAACUUUAAAAGAGAGCUGCAUGCAGUAAAGAGUGCUCCAUUAGUGCCUGUACACCAACAAGCGCUGAUGCUGCGCAACACAUCCAACAUCCAUCAACACAGACUCAGCCAGAAUCCAGUGGGAGUGCCCAACAGCAUGAAACCGUUCACUUCUCCCAGGAUUCUGCAGUACUCUGCCUCACUGCGAUUGGUCGAUUUGAUGCCCACUCCUCCCCCUCUGCCUACAGAUGACAACCACAGUGUCAGCUCUGAGGACGAGUCCAGUCGGUCCACUAAGCUGACCGUGGAUGCUGGCUCUCUGCAGUCUGUGUGUGCAGCUUCCACUGGCUGUCCCUCUCAACACAGUCCUUCCUACAGCCAUCUCUCUACAACCUCCUUCUGUCUGUCCACUGGUGAUGACCCGGACGACACGAUGAGCACAAGAGCACAUGACCAGUACUUCAAGCUCACUUCUAGACACAGCACACUGAGUGAAAAGUCUUCUUCCUUACCUCGGCCCUAUUCCCCCACCCCCACUUUUGGGUACAUAUGUGGACCAUCUGAGUUCGACGCACAGGUUGAUGUCGACGAUGAGCUGGAGUGCCAGGCAGUAGACCCACAGAGAACAGCGAUGAGAAGCACAUCCUCCUUCUGUUGCAGUGACUGGGAGGGCUCACUGUGGAACAGCUGGGGGUCAGUGUCUGAGGACAAUACGACGAGUAACAGAACGAGCAUCAUCAGCUCUUCAGAUGGCUCCUUCAUGAACGACGUGAACUACGCUCGCAUCAUGGCCUUGACAGCUGAGUCGAUGAGUGGAACUUUAUCAGAUUUCUCGCCUCCCGGGUCUCCGCUGAGCGUGCUGUUCCCCCCACGGGAAUGUUUUGGGGAGGUGGACCCUCUCGCCAUGUGGGAUUGGAGCACAGCCUGGGUGGGUGAGAGGAAGGCCCAGUUUAGGGCGUCAACAGAGACGUCCCCGAGCACAAGAGCUGAGCUGGUGUAUAAAAACACCUCACAAAGAUGAUCACUCUGUCUGCUGCAGUCUGUAUCGAAACUAUGGUCGUGUACUUGAAAAGAGUUUUUCAUGACUAAUAGUGUAGAAAAGGCUGCAUAUGGUCUCAUUAAAAAAAGCUCUGUACAGCAAACUAUUAACUCAAAUCUACAAUGUAAAUAAACCACUGUUAUUUAAUACACAGUCUCACAAAUGCUGGGACGUUAUAGCCGUCUGAAUAGCACAGGAAAUAUUCAACAGCAGUUUUUAUUGUUUCUUUUAUGUACUUUUUAGUUUUUAGUAGAAUUAUAGCUUUCUUUUUUAUGUGUGUUCUAUUUUUUUAUGUAAAGCGGAAGGUAAUAUCAACUGAACAAAAGCCACCCAACUGAGAUUUGUAAGCUUAGAUCCUACUGACAUGAUUACGAUUAAGAUGACAUAUUCCCUGAAUUAACUUAAAAAAAUUGAUUUCUAAUGUCAAACUAAAUUGUUAUAUCUGAUAUAUUUACUAAUUCCAAUGUGCACUCAAAAAACUUUUAAUACGAAUAAACUGUGCCUUGGUGAUA